UGAGGCCGUGAGGGAGGACUUCUCAGAAAAAGACAGAGAGCAGACAGACCUGGAAACAGCUGGUAUGAGCGUCCACUAUUCAACCUAUGCCACAUUCACUCCUAUUGGUUAAUUAGAAACCUUUACUGAGGGCUGCAUGCUUCUAAGUGCACCUCGACCCUAAUUGAAAGCAUAUUAAAACCACAGAGAGAUCAAAACAGAAGAAAGACUAAGGAGGAGAACCAGAGAGGAAGACAGGACGCGAGGCAGAAAGAGAGAGGGAAAGACGGAGAGCAAGAGAGCAACGGAGUACAGAGGGGCGAUGAGAGAGGAGGUGUCCCGUGUUGACUCCCCUGAGGGGGGCAUGGGUGCCAGCGAGGAGGAGCUGGAGCGCGCCUCCAAGAAGUGCCCGUCCGGCGGCCCGGUCCGCAAGCGGCUGCCCUCGCCCAAGAAGGCCUGCGCGGGGAGCGGGCGCGCCGCGGGCGGGGAGGAGAGGUCCUCGGCCAGCCCCACCACUCUGGUCCCCAGCAAGCGGCCCAAGAAGAGCCCCUCAUCGGUCGCGCAGGUCACCAUGGGCACCACCAUCUCCAUAUCGACAGUGAUCGCAGGGGGGGGCGCCCCGCUAGGCCCCGACGCCCCGCUGGAGGACCUGCACACGCAGCGCGUCAUCGCCAACGUGCGCGAGCGCCAGCGCACGCAGUCGCUCAACGACGCCUUCGCCUCGCUGCGCAAGAUCAUCCCCACGCUGCCCUCGGACAAGCUGAGUAAGAUCCAGAUCCUUAAGCUGGCCUCGCGCUACAUCGACUUCCUCUACCAGGUGCUGCAGAGCGACGAGAUGGACGCCAAGCUCGCCAGCUGCAACUACCUGGCCCACGAGAGGCUCAGCUACGCCUUCUCGGUCUGGAGGAUGGAGGGAGCCUGGUCCAUGUCUGCAGGACACUAACCACUCUCCUAACCUCCAACCCCAAAACUCCCUACCCACCCCCCACAACCCUUACCUUCUCCUUGUCUCCGUAACCUCCAUAACCUACCCCAACGCUCUAACUUGACGUAUUUGACCUGAAACCUGUGUCUCUGUAAAGAACUUUGUCACUGUAGGCCACAACUCACCCCUCCAGGGUAACUCAUUCAACUCCAAAAGUCCUUUCAGGUCCGUGUCAAAAUUCUCAUUUAUUUAAAACAACUGCCCCCCCCUCCACCCCCACCCCCAGCUCUGAUCUGAUCUGUCUGUUGACUAACCCAUCAUCCUGUCCUGGGGCCUCACAGCCAGAAGUAAACCUGCCUGAGCUAAACCCUGACCCCUCUCCACUUCCACAACCCCAGGUUCUCCCGCUGCCUUUGUCCUCCUUUAGGCUCUCUCUCCCUCCCUCGCUUUCUGUCUUCUCUUCAUCCAGCUCCCCUGGGGAAGCCAUGCUGCAGACAGGCAGAACAUUUGGAAAAUCCUUCUGCGCAGACCUCCAACAACAGAUCUCCAUAUCCACCUGCCUACCCUAAUCUGACUCCCAUCUCCGAAACCCUCUCUCCAUCCUCAACUCCCUCCAUUCUUGGCCUGCGGACGGAAGUCCGUGUCCGGACAGUCCAUUCUGUAACUUUUCCCGGAUAUCUCCAGAACACGCAGGACAGUGUCACCCUGACCCUCUCUUGUACCCACACUAAGGACAUCACAAAGAUCCCAUUUCACACAGGCUGUGUUCUUUCGACUUCAUUGUACAUGGUGAGAAAUGGACGCUAGUUUCUCAGUCCUAAACGGGUAUCACUGGACGUAACCCAGACAAGAAACAAAUUAAUGAGAGACCCUAAAAUUUGGGUUGAGAAACAAAAUGUAUAGAUGUAAUGGAAACAUGGUAGCCUGCAGGUUUGGUUGCCAGUGGCAACGACAGUAGGUGUUGGUUGCAUGCUGUUCUGACACCACAUCAAAGAGACUGAUUUUCUGACACACCUAAUGAAUGUUGCA